GAGAAACCCGGCUUGGAACGCAGGAGAGACGGCAGUUAGAGAGGAGAACCCAGUUAGAGGUGCCGUUGGAGGAAUUUGCUCGGAUGGCGACGAGGGGAGAGAAGCGGGCACAAUACGAAGCCGUUCUCGUGGGGCUGCCCAGCAGCAGCCGUUGCUGUGCUCUCAAUGGAUGCAACCAUAAGAAAGAUUCUCCUGUUUAUUUCAGCUGGCAAGAUCUUCAUCUCAGUGUUUGUCCUGGCCUUGUACGUCGCCUUGAUAGCACUGCAGCACAAUGAUUUGCUCGUCCUAAUAGUGGAAGGCAGCUAUGGCAGUGUCACCUUGACCCCAACUGGAGUCAUGUUCCUCACCCUCUACUUCAUCGUGGUCUUCAGCAUAGGUUACGCCAUUAUCCAGCAUCCGAGGACAUGGCAGUUGUUAGUCAAGCUUCACAAUCUGGAGACUCAAGAAGCCGUCUUAAGAGUGUGCAUCCUCGCAAGCGGGGUCAUUGCUUUUGCCGACUUCAUCCAGGUCCCGCAGAAGGAGAAGGGGGUGUUCUUCCACAUUCUGAACUUGACCAAUGUUACGGGCCUCAUCGUUGCAAAAUGUAUUCUCAUAGCCAGGAGGAGGGCCAUGGAGCAGAGAGCCAUAUACUUAUGCAACAGGGGAAUAAUGUUUGGGACUAUUCCGGCAUCACAGAGGACCUUCCGAUGCGAAUUCAGCGGUGGAGAGAAUUCAGGCCGGAUGGAGCCGUGUCGUAACGAACAAAUGACGUGACCGCCGGCCUUGAAGUUGGGGUUGAAGGGAGAGAACAAGAAUCGUUUAAUAAUAAAUCAUUUGCGGUCAUUAAAUUUACUUAAAGCCAA